AUGAUCAAAACCAAGUCAAGAGAAGCAGCCCUCUUCGACCAAGUGUUUCUUCUGCCUGUAUACUGCUGGGAAACAAGGAUUAUUAGAGAGAAAUGGAAAGAGAUGGAGUAGAAGAUGAUGAUAUUGUUUGCUUGGAUGAAUCUUUCUUCAUCAAUGACAACUACCAACUGACGAGGUUUACAUUCGGGUCGCAAGUUCUUGAACUCUACUGCCUCCAGUCUGCUUCAACUGAUUUUGAUUUGACGGGGCAGUUGGUGUGGCCAGGAGCAGAGCUUCUGAAUCAUUAUCUCUCCAAAAAUGCUGAUAUGCUUCGGGGAUGCUCUGUUAUUGAGCUUGGCUCUGGUGUCGGCAUUACUGGGAUACUUUGUAGCAGAUUUUGUAGUGAAGUAGUUAUGACAGACCACAAUGAUGAGGUUCUCAAGAUCCUAACGAGGAACAUAGAGCUGCAUCAAUCUUCACAAGAUUCUCAUUCUUGUGCUCGAUUGAAAGCUGAGAAGCUAGAAUGGGGGAAUUCUGAGCAGCUAAAGUACAUCCUGCAAAGGCAUCCAGAAGGGUUUGAUCUUGUUCUUGGAGCUGAUAUCUGCUUUCAGCAGUCCAGUAUUCCUUUGCUCUUCAACACUGUGGAAAAGCUCCUCCAGGUUAGCCGUCAAGCAAAAUGUAAAUUCAUAUUAGGCUACGUAUCCAGAGCGAAAGUAAUGGACGAUAUGGUGAUAAGUGAAGCCUCGCAACAUGGAUUACACGUUACUGAAGUUGCUGGAACUCGUGCUACUGUUAGAAAUCUUGAGGGCGUUAUAUAUGAGAUUACUUGUGGAUGAAACUCGAGACCAAAGAAAAUUGCAAAUCCCCUGAGAUGAUGAGCUUUUGACAACUAUGAUAUGUGCUGUUUCCAAUAGAGAUAUGUUGAAUUUAAGCAAACUACAAUACCACUUAGUUUUACAGUACUAGUCAAUUACAGAAUCACUUUCAUGUAUGAUUUUUAGAGAGACGAGAAAGAAGAAAUUGAAGUUGAUUUUUAUACUAAACUACAUUACGAUGCUUCUUGUAUGGUAUAGAUGCUGUUCAUUGAUUA